GGCCGAUGGAUCCGGAGGCGGCGGGGGACGAGCUGUCCCGCCUUCGGGCCCUCUUCGUGGCCUGCGACGCCAACGGCUCGGGCCGCAUUGAACGGGAAGACUUCGCGGCGCUCUGCGCCGAGCUGCGGGUGCAGCCGGCCGAGGCUGAAGCCAUCUUCCAGCGCCUCGACAGCGACCGCGACGGGGCCAUCACCUUCCCGGAGUUCGCCCGCGGCUUCCGCGGCGCCACCCGACGGCGGCCGGGCAGCGGGGAGCAGGAGGGAGAGGAGGAGGAGGAGGUGGCGACGGCGUGUCCGGCCGCGGGGCUGGAGCAGCCCUGGAGGGACUUCGAGGUGCGGCUCGGGGACGAGGCGAGGUACAUCCCCAGUCAAGAGCAGGUCAGUGUUCUGUAUCAGAACAUAUACAUAGCAGAGCCAAGAUUGAUCCAGCCAUAUGAACAUGUCAUCAAGAGCUUCAUCCAAGAGUUCAGACUUAAAAGUGCAGAGAUGGAAACUUUGGCCAUUGGAGUGAAAAGAGCUCAAGAUAAAGUGGCAGUUCAGCUCAGUGAGCUGGAGGAAGAGAUGGAACAACGGAUACAGGCUGCAGAGCAUAACAUUAGAAAGGAAGAGAAGCGAAAAGCUGAAGAAGCGCUGAAUGAGCUGAAGCGCCAGUAUGAUACUGAAGUUGGGGAUCUUCAGGUGACAAUAAAAAAACUGAAAAAACUGGAGGAGCAAUCAAAAAAUGUAAAUCACAAGGAAGAUGUGGUUGAAUUGAAAAAAAGAAUGCAUGAUAUGUUGCAGGAGAAUCAGAAACUAAAAAAAGAUCUUUUAGAAGCACAGACAAAUAUAGCUUUUCUACAGAGUGAAUUAGAUAGCUUGAAAAGCGAGUAUGCAGAUCAGACUUUGAACACUGAGAGAGAACUGGAAAGGAUCCGAGAGUAUACUGAAGACAGAGAUAAUCUGGAAAGACAAAUUGAAAUACUUCAAUCAGCUAAUAGAAAGCUACAUGACAGCAAUGAUGGUUUAAGGACUGCCCUUGAAAACAGUUUUAGCAAGUAUAACAGGUCAUUGAGGUUAGCAAAUACCUCACCAGGAAGCACCAUUUCUAGAAGCAGUCCUAAAUAUAAUGGUGGACAGUCUCCUCUAAACCCACGCUAUGACAGAUCGUCUCAUUCGUCUUGUGUGGAUGAAGAUUAUGAUUCUUUAGCUCUUUGUGAUCCUAUGCAAAGGAUAAACUGUGAAGUUGACAGCUUACCUGAGAGCUGUUUUGACAGUGGUUUGUCUACCCUGAGAGAUUCAAAUGAGUAUGAUUCGGAAGCCGAAUACAGGCAUCAAAGGAUUUUUCAAAGGUCACAGUGUAUGCAAGAAAGCUUUGGUGGUGAUGCUUCUGAUACAGAUGUUCCAGAGAUCAGAGAUGAAGAUGUGUACAGUCCUGAUAACAGCAGUUCAGGAUUAGACUGGAAGCCCUCACGACCAGUAAGUCGAAGCAGCUCAAUAGCUUCAACAAGAAAAUACAUAUCUGCGCUCACCCCUCAGUCAGAUGCAACUGAAUGUACUCCAAAACACCCCAGUUCAGAGAAGGCUUAUAAGAUUGUUCUUGCUGGAGAUGCAGCAGUGGGAAAAUCCAGUUUCCUCACAAGACUUUGCAAGAAUGAAUUUCGAGGCAAUACAAGUGCAACCCUGGGUGUGGAUUUUCAAAUGAAAAGAUUAAUUGUUGAUGGAGAACCUACAGUGCUACAGCUGUGGGACACAGCUGGGCAGGAGAGAUUCCGGAGUAUUGCUAAAUCAUAUUUCAGACGAGCAGAUGGUGUCUUACUGCUAUAUGAUGUAACAUGUGAAAAAAGCUUUCUUAAUGUGCGAGAAUGGGUUGAUAUGAUUGAGGAUUCAACUCAUGAGAAUAUUCCAAUUAUGAUGGUGGGAAACAAAGCAGAUCUCCGUGAAGCUGUUACAGAACAAGGGCAAAAAUGUGUGCCUGGAAACUAUGGUGAAAAGCUGGCUAUGACUUAUAAUGCACUAUUCUGUGAAACAAGUGCUAAAGAUGGAUCUAAUAUUGUAGAGGCAGUGCUUCAUCUUGCCCGCGAAGUGCGAAAACGAAGCGAUAAUCAAGAUGAUAAAAGGUCAGUGACCAGCCUGGCUUCAACACCUGCCAAAAAAUUGGCACUCACAAAGAACUGUUGCAAUGUUUAA